AGAAGCAGUCAUGUGGAUGUACGUGUUGGUGCUGAUUGUGCUGUACUAUGUGAUGCGCUGGUUCCGUGAGUUGGAACGAGUCCCUGACAGAGGUACAAAGUAUGUGUACAUCACCGGCUGCGACACAGGCUUUGGAAACCUUCUAGCACGCCAUCUGGACAAGUGUGGCUUCUGUGUGGUGGCAGGAUGUUUUACUGAGAAGGCUGAAGAGGAGCUGAGAAAAUCCUGCUCAUCUAGAAUGUCUACAGUGUCUCUGGAUGUGAGGAAACCUGAAAGUAUUGAGAAGGCUGCAGCUUUUAUUAAAGAUCAUGUGGGGCAGAGAGGUCUAUGGGCAGUAGUGAAUAAUGCAGGGGUCUCUUUACCCACGGGACCCUGUGACUGGCUGACCCUGCAGGAUUACAAGUCCUUGCUUGAAGUCAACCUGGAUGGUGUCAUUGGAAUCACACUGAGUGUCCUUCCCCUCAUCAAGAAAGCAAGAGGACGUGUUGUGAAUGUGGCCAGUGUAUCUGGUCGGAUCAGUUUAUCUGGGGGACCAUACUGUGUAUCCAAAUUUGGUGUGGAAGCAUUCAACGACAGCCUCAGGAGGUGCAUGAAACCAUUUGGAGUAAAGGUUUUGUGUAUCGAGCCAGGUUUCUUUAAGACCAGUGUGACAGACACAGAUGUGCUACUAAGGAAUGUUAGAAUGCUUUGGGAGCGACUGCCAAAAGAAACAAAAGAUGACUAUGGAGAUAAAUUCCUAAGCCAAGUGGAGAAGAAGAUGAAAGAGAAGUUGUCCAAGGUGCCAGAUGGUGACACGAUGAAGGUUGUGAGCUGUAUGGAGCAUGCCGUUUCAGCUGUGCACCCACGCUCACGUUACUCUCCUGGCUGGGAUGCAAAGUUUUUCUGGCUGCCACUUUCCUAUGCCCCGACUUGUAUCUCUGACUACUUGCUGCUUAAAGAUAGGGUCAGACCUGCCAAAGCAGUAGUCUAG